AGCUGUUGAGAGAUUAGGCAGCUUUCUCAAGUUCCGGCAUAGGCAAAGAUAAAGGCAGGGUUGAGGAAACACACGUACCAUAAGUUCAUCACCUUCCCAAACCUGCUCGAUCUUGCUAUAUUUCAGAUUAAGUAUGACUAGAUGUUCAGCAGAGAAUUGGGAUGGCAAAGACUUCGAAGAGAAUGAGUGCCAUUCAAGAACCUUCAAAGUAUUUGGCAGGGAUAUCAAGCCGGCAUCUGGCGGAAUCAAAUUGCAGAAACCAAGA